UGCUAAAUAUUCUUUUAUUCCUAUUAGUAUGGUAAUAAAAUUAAAAUACAAGUACAUUGUAAAUUUAUAUAUGAAUAAAUCAUUUGAAUUCAUUUUUAAAUGCUAUUUUUUUGUUUCAACUGUCUUGUGUAGAAUGUAGUUAUCUGCGUGAAUGUAACAUAUAUGAAAUAUGUCAAUUUUUAACUGUCAAAAAUGUCGAACAAAUGUUUCAUAGUGAUAGCAGGAACUGCGGAUAAUUUAUCAUUUCACUACGCGUGUUUUAUCGCUAUAAAUCUUUCCAGGUUACUGCCAAAUUUCCAUUUCAAAAAAAUUUACAAGGACGCCACCGAAUGGGAGGCUUGGGUUCGUGCAGUUUGCAAAUUGCACGGAUGGGAACAUACGAAACCUCCACUAAUCUGGAAGCAAUACGGAACAAGUGGCACUAAGGUCACUUACAUAGGUGAUGCUGACGAGUUUCGCAGACUCUUGCUUGAAUAUUACAAUAUACAUUUCGAUCUUACGAGAGAGGAAUUGAAAGUGUUAAAGACGGAUUUAUUGCGCGCACAUGAAGUAGAGCAGAAAAAAAUUGGCUGUUCAGAAGUAUGGAACGAAUAUCGUCGUGUGACUAUCGUAGGUGCCGGUAGAUCGUUAUGCUUAGACUUGAUUCCACAAUUAAUGACAAUAAAGGAGUUACGUUUGUCACGCGGAAUUGUGCUUAGUUUGUACGAUGAAUUAGAAAAUUUUUCUGAGCUCGAAAGGAUGGUGAAGGACAUAAAGAAUGUCAAUGAAGAUUUAAAUGCAACAAUGGUCGUACAAGAUAUAUCGAGUGGAUUACGCGAUUGUGAUAUAUUAUUAAUGUUUCUCGAGGAUCUAACGAGGGAAGAGUAUGAGGAACACGAAAUUUGGUAUCAGAGGAUUUAUGAGCGCAUGAAGACAUUGUCACAGCAAAUCAACGAGUACGCUCCGUGUCACAUUAAGAUCAUAUUCUGCUCUACGGGUCCAACGUGCCUCUGUGCUACCAUAUUACGGAGUCUCGUAAAGCUACCUGAAACUAAUAUCGUUGUCGUUAGCGCUCACUAUGGAUUAGAAGUAAUGUGCGAUAUCACGGUAUCUCUCGGCAUGGAUCAGUGGAAUUUCGGUUGUCCCCCGGUAUGGGGAUUUCUGGGUAUCAGUGAGUUUGUAGAUGUGUGCCAUAUGGUUCAAAAGUGUGAUGUAUAUAGUCCGCAGACUUUAGAAGCAAAGAGAAGCACGACUUCAUCAAGAGUCAAGCAAGCUGAGUUAAGGUGGUUUUGUUCCUCUGAACAUAAUAAAAAUCUGUACGAGGAUUAUCUACGGCGUAGGGCCACUCGAGUGAAUUCACGAAGAGAGAAUUCGCAAAAGUGCAAGGCUAUAUGUGAUCUAUUAAAGUUGUGGUACAAAGAAAGUAUCGGCGAUGAAAUUAUAGCUAUAGGAAUUUCAUCCGAUGAUAGUUUCGGUAUUCCGAGCGGAAUAGUAUUUUCGCAGCCGGCGUGUUUAAAAAUUACGGACAACGGCACGCGAGUUUGGAUACCUUGCGACGAUUUUCCCUUGCCGGAUAUGCCUAUGUCGAUAUUUCAUAAUUUAAUCUGCACAGCUGCGAUAAUUACGAAACAGUUAAUAAGCGUGUAGAUAAUUAAAUAUAACACUUCAAAAAUAUCGAAAAAUGAUACUGUUAAAAAAUUAUAAUAUUCUUGCGAUAAAAAUUUGACUGUGAUUAAAAAGGUCAAUGAAAUAUAUAUUAUGUUAAUGUUUUACGGCGAGUAACAUAGUCUUCGACUGUGUUUCGUGUCAUGUAUAUUGUUUGGUUCUAUUUCGUGCUAUGUGUGUAUGUAUGUACAUAUACAUACAAAAUAUAACUGCAAUAUGUGUAAUACUUGUAUAAUAAUAAUGUUAUCUUAGAUAUUUCUUGAUGGAAGCCUAAAAGUAUAAAUCUUUUCAAAUGCAA